GCGACAUCAUCCUUUUCCUACUCCGUCUCCUGCAACAACUAAGAGCGAUCAGAAUGGCUUCCCGCUCCUUGAUCAAGGCAGCCGUCCUGCUGGGUCUGGUGUACGGCGCGGUAGCUGGCGGAGGCUAUGGCUCCUCCGGCGGCGGAGGAGGCUUCAUCGGAGGAAGCCAUGGCGGCCUUGGAGGAGGCUUCGGAGGUCUCGGAGGAGGCCAUGGUGGCGUUGGAGGAGGCUUCGGAGGUCUCGGAGGAGGCCAUGGCGGUAUCGGAGGAGGCUUAGGCGGAGGCAGCUUCAUCGGAGGAGGCGGCGGCCACGGCGGCUACGGCGGAGGCGUUGGCGGCGGCAGCGUCGUCAGAGCGCGCCUGGUUGGAGUCGGCUACCUUCCCUCAGUCGGAGGCCACAGUGGCGGCGCUGGAGGCUUCGUCGGCGGCCACGGAGGAGGUGCUGGAGGUUUCAUCGGCGGCGGCAGCUCCAUCGGAGGCGGAUUCGGAAGCUCCAUCGGAGGCGGAUUCGGAAGCCACGGGUCCUCCGGCCACGUCAGCGGAGGAUACGGCGGGAAAUGAGUUGUGAGCGAAUAACAGAAUGCCUUUAUGUGGGACGAGAGAAUAAAUAUUUAAUUGGAA